UGGCAUUGCAGUGUGAUGGGGUCUCAGCAGGCAGGGUCUCCGGGUGAGGGCUGCAUGGCCAGGGGCCGAGGGGUUUUCCUUUCCUGCCUAGGCUGGAGAGAUGCUCCACGCCGCCCAGGGCCAGGGACCUGCCUGCCUCCAGGUCUCAAUGCGCUGUCAGGAGCCGGGGUGGCUUGGUAAAAUGUCUGGAGCAUAGGGCUGGGGCCAGGACUCCUGGGUUCCAUCUGCAGUCACCGUCCCUCUUGGGCAGGGCCUCUCCCUGGGGGCAAUUUCCAUCUAUAUGAGGAGGGGGAGGGUGGGUGUGUUCCUGGGCCAGGGCCCUCUUGUGCUUGGUGCUCUACAAACACAGACCAAAAAGAUGGCACCUGCUUUGGCUGUGAGGUUACAUUCAUUCACGUUCCUAAAACGUUUCAAACUUGGCUAGAAGUGAGGAGAGUGUCACCCUGUGGGCCCGUGUCCCUGUGUUUAUCAGAGUUCAUCAGGCAGGUUGUGUUCAUUAUUAACCCACCUCGCAUUGUUUAUUACAACUUUUAUCUCUUCUGGACAAGUUCCUCCCUGGGCUAUCCCUGCUGCCUCAUCAUUGGUGUCUCCUGUGGGUAAUUCAGCCCCUGGAUUUUAUUGUUGAGAGACUUUUGGACAGGGCACUGGACUUGGAUUCAGGAGAUACCUAGGGAAGGAGGUGGGGAAGUUCCAGAAGAAGUUAAAAGAGAGUCUCCCCGGCAGUGAGUGGAACCCUAUAGACACCACCAAAGGUCUCCCCCCUGAGCAAGCAGAUGUGGUCAUCGUGGGGGGAGGGGUGAUGGGCUGGUCCGUCGCCUACUGGCUGAAGUGCCUAGAGACCCGGAAAGGCGCGCUCCAAGUGGCCGUGAUUGAGAAGGACCCCACGUACUCGAAAGCCUCCACCGUGCUCUCUGUGGGAGGGAUUCGGCAGCAGUUCUCCUUGCCAGAAAACGUCCAGAUGUCCCUCUACUCAGCAUUCUUCCUGCGCACAAUCAACGAGCAUUUGGGGGUUGUGAACGAGCCGCCCAUAGAUAUUCAGUUUAACCCCUUGGGGUACCUCUUCCUGGCCUCAGAGGACGGAGCUGCCAUAUUGGAGGAGAACGUGCAUGUUCAGAGGGACCAAGGAGCGAAGGUCUCCCUUCUGUCACCAACACAACUGAAGAAGAAGUAUCCAUGGUUGAAUACCGAUGGUGUGGCUGUGGCAUCCUACGGCCUAGAAAAUGAAGGUUGGUUUGAUCCCUGGGCCCUCCUCCAUGCCUUCAAGAGGAAAGCAAUAUCCAUGGGUGUCUAUUCGUGCCACGGAGAAGUGACAUCCUUUACCACCUCCUCCACAGAACUCCUGACGCCUGAGAGGGAGCUGACCUUGUCCCGCAUUAAUUAUGUCCAUGUUCAAAUGCCCAACAGUUUGGAGAACCAGCCCGUGGAGUGCUCCCUGGUGGUCAAUGCAGCUGGCUGCUGGUCAGGGAAGUUGGCAGAGAUGGCUGGCGUUGGGAUCGGCUCGCCCAACACCCAAGACGAGAUUAAGCUACCAGUGGAACCCAGGAAAAGGUACGUCUAUGUGUGGCACUGCCCCGACGGGCCCGGCCUGGCGUGUCCCACGGUGAUUGACACCACAGGGACUUAUUUCCGCCGGGAAGGCAUAGGAGGCAACUACUUGGGGGGCCUCAGCCCAACAGAGGAAGAAGAGCCAGACAUCCAAGACCUGAAAGUCGAUCACAGUUUCUUCCAGGAGAAGAUCUGGCCCAAGCUGGCCCAUCGGGUGCCGGUGUUUGAGUCCCUGAAGGUGAGGAGCGCCUGGGCUGGCUACUACGAUUAUAACACGUUUGACCAGAACGCGGUCUUGGGCUCUCACCCACUGGUGGAGAACAUGUUCUUCAUCACGGGAUUCAGCGGGCACGGGCUGCAGCACUCGCCGGCGGCAGGCAGGGCCAUGGCCGAGUUAAUUCUGGAAGGCAAGUUCAAGACCAUCUGCAUGGAGAAGUUCUCCUUCAACAGGUUCAUCACUGGGGAGCCGGCCCUCGAGAGGAACAUCAUCUGAGUGCUUGGAACUAACCCAGCAGAUGGAGCCCUGGCCAACGCUGGCGGCUAGUGCUGCUCCCUACUCAGGAACUGACUGGACUGCUUGUUUUCAAUGCAGCCUCGUGGGAGCCCCAGAGUGGAUCAGAAACCCAUCCAAAGAAAAUCCCUCCUGCUGUUGCUAAACCCUCACUUUGCUGGGGUGCGGACUCCGUUUCAGAGGCACAGAACUGAGGUCUGGGGUCUGCACGGUGCAGGGAAGGAAGAUCAAAGCUGUGCCAGAGGUGACAGAUCACAGCUGGCCCAGAUGGGGGAGGCACAUGCUGCUGGUCUCCCCCAACUGGCACAGCACAGCCUGGAUGUCUGACAGCUGAGCUGCCGCCAUGCCCUGCCUAGUUUGAGAUGUGCUUUCCCCAGGGCAUGGCCAUUGCUUGAGCCGUUACCCUGGCAUGGGCACCCCCAGGGCUGCUGAGCUAUAGAACUCUACCACCGUGUUGAGCUCACCCUCACUCUGCAGGGUGCUGGGUUAAGAGGGAUGGGAUGCGUGGGGGCCGCAGCUGGUGGGGGGGGGAGAAUAGCUCCCAGCUGCUGUCCUAUCCCAAGCGUGCCGCAGUGUUCAAGGAGAGGAGUGCGAGCAGGCAGGGCUGGGCCCCCCCAGACCUUCCUGCAGCUCCAGCUGCACAGCAGAGAUUUUGUAUCAUGUCCUCUCUCGUGAUCUGGACUGAAAUGAAGCGAUUCUGCCC